UUUCAAUCGUCCUCUUCUGCAGCAUAUAUCCUCAUGAAGCUCUCGUACCUUCCGCUUGCGCUCCUCGCUAUCGCCUCGGACCUCGUCUUUGGUGCCAACGCGCCUGGCUUGGCUGCCGGCGUCACGGGCGGCGGCAACGCGACCCCAGUGUACCCCAAGAACAUCAACGAACUCAAGGCGUACCUCCAAGACGCGGUGCCCCGGGUCAUUGUCCUCAACAAGACGUUCGACUUUCGCAACUCCGAGGGCAAAAAGUCCGAGACGGGGUGCCGCCCCGACUACACUCGCGCCUGCAUUGACAAGAAGAACGGCUUCAAGAGUCCGGACGUAAUUUUGCAGAGCGGGGGCAUGGCCAACACGGGCGGCUGCUCCAACGGCCAGCCGACCCCGAUCUCGUACGACAUUGCGGGUACAAAGAACCCGCUCAUGGUCCGUGGCUCCAAGACGAUCCGUGGUGAGGGCAAGAAGGGCGUCAUCAUCGGCAAGGGUCUCCGCCUCGGCGGCGACAACAUCAUUCUUCAAAACAUCCAUAUCACGAAUCUCAACCCGCACUUGGUCUGGGGCGGCGACGCUAUCUACCUCAACGGCAAGGAAGGUAGCCAACCGCUGCAAAAGGUUUGGAUCGACCACGUCAAGGUGUCGCUUGUGGGUCGGCAGAUGCUCACGACGGACGGUGCUGGCUCCAACAGUAUUACCGUCAGCAACUGCGACUUUGACGGGCACACAUCGUGGUCCGCGUCGUGCGAUGGCCACCAUUAUUGGACCAACAUCUUUGUGAGCAACCUCAAGAUGAGCUUCCUCAACAACAUCGUCCAUCACACGUCCGGACGCGCACCCAAGUUUAGCUCGUCCAACGGCAAGUACAAGCUCCAGGUCCACAUGGCCAACAACUACUGGUACGACAACGCGGGCCACUCGCUCGAAGUUGACGACGCGUACGUGCUCUCGGAAGGCAACUUUUGGGCGUCGACCAAGCAACCCAACUUGCCUGAGAAGAAAGGCUCGGUCAUGUCGGCCAACAACGCCAACAAGGGCAGCUGCAAGGCCGCGCUGGGUCGCGACUGCGUGCCCGAUGCGUUUGUCAACAGCGGUGCGUUCGUCGGGCACAGCGAGAGCGCCGUGCCGCCCAUGAUGAAGGGCAUCGCGACUGCGUACAAGCCGGGUCCUGCCAAACGUCUUACGUUCUCGGUCAAGAACUGGGGUGUCGGCGAUUUGUAAAGAGGACUUGUGGCGAUGACAGUUUGGUAUUCAACUUGAUUUUUCUGGA